AGACCCUCAGCCACACCCGCUCAUCCAGGGCGAGGGAAAACUCGGGCAUUUUCCCAGCGUGCUCUGCGGGAGGGCUCGCCCCACUUCACCCCUUUUCCCGCCCUCCUCCCAUUCGGGAGACUACGACUCCCAGUGUCCUCCUCGCGACGGCGGCGGUGCGGACGGUGCCCAGGUCCCGCCCCUAGGCUCUGCCCCGCCCCCGCCCGCAGACGUCUGCGCGCGAAUGCCGUGGCGCGAACUUGGGACUGCAGAGGCGCGCCCGGCGGAUCUGAGUGUGUUGCCCGGGCAGCGGCGCGCGGGACCAACGCGAGGCAAGUGGGGCCGUCCGCAAGCAGGAGCAGCUGACAGACGAAGAAAAGAGCUGGACAGGAAGGGAGAAUUCUGACGCCAACAUGCAGCGAAGUAUCAUGUCAUUUUUCCACCCCAAGAAAGAGGGUAAAGUGAAGAAGCCUGAGAAGGAGGCAUCCAACAGCAGCAGAGAGACAGAGCCCCCUCCAAAGGCGGCACUGAAGGAGUGGAAUGGAGUGGUGUCCGAGAGUGACUCUCCAGUGAAGAGGCCGGGGAGGAAGGCGGCCCGGGUCCUGGGCAGUGAAGGGGAGGAGGAGGAUGAAGCCCUUAGCCCUGCUAAAGGCCAGAAGCCUGCCCCGGACUGCUCACAGGUCUCCCCGCCCCGUCCUGCCACAUCUCCUGAAAACAAUGCUUCCCUCUCUGACACCUCUCCCACGGACAGUUCCCCAUCAGGGAUCCCGAAGCGUCGCACAGCUCGGAAGCAGCUCCCGAAACGGACCAUUCAGGAAGUCCUGGAAGAGCAGAGUGAGGACGAGGACAGAGAAUCCAAGAGGAAGAAGGAGGAGGAAGCGGAGACCCUGAAAGAAAGCCUCACAGAGGCUGAAGUGGCAACAGAGAAGGAAGGAGAAGACGGGGACCAGCCCACCACGCCUCCCAAGCCCCUAAAGACCUCCGAAGCAGAGACCCCGACGGAAAGCGUUUCAGAGCCUGAGGUGGCCACGAAGCAGGAACUGCAGGAGGAGGAGGAGCAGACCAAGCCUCCCCGCAGAGCUCCCAAGACGCUCAGCAGCUUCUUCACCCCCUGGAAGCCAGCAAUCAAAAAAGAAGUGAAGGAAGAGGAGCCAGGGGCUCCAGGAAAGGAGGGAGCUGUUGAGGGACCCCUGGACCCAUCCGGUUACAAUCCUGCCAAGAACAACUAUCAUCCCGUGGAAGAUGCCUGCUGGAAACCGGGCCAGAAGGUCCCUUACCUGGCCGUGGCCCGGACGUUUGAGAAGAUCGAGGAGGUGUCUGCUCGGCUCCGGAUGGUGGAGACGCUGAGCAACUUGCUGCGCUCCGUGGUGGCCCUGUCGCCUCCAGACCUCCUCCCUGUCCUCUACCUCAGCCUCAACCACCUUGGGCCACCCCAGCAGGGCCUGGAGCUUGGCGUGGGUGAUGGUGUCCUUCUCAAGGCAGUAGCCCAGGCCACAGGUCGGCAGCUGGAGUCCGUCCGGGCUGAGGCAGCCGAGAAAGGCGACGUGGGGCUAGUGGCCGAGAACAGCCGCAGCACCCAGAGGCUUAUGCUGCCACCACCUCCGCUCACUGCCUCCGGGGUCUUCAGCAAGUUCCGCGACAUCGCCAGGCUCACCGGCAGUGCUUCCACAGCCAAGAAGAUAGACAUCAUCAAAGGCCUCUUUGUGGCCUGCCGCCACUCAGAAGCCCGGUUCAUCGCCAGGUCCCUCAGUGGACGGCUGCGCCUUGGGCUGGCAGAGCAGUCAGUGCUGGCCGCCCUCUCCCAGGCCGUGAGCCUCACGCCCCCGGGCCAAGAAUUCCCACCAGCCGUGGUGGAUGCUGGGAAGGGCAAGACAGCAGAGGCCAGAAAGACAUGGCUGGAGGAGCAAGGCAUGAUCCUGAAGCAGACGUUCUGCGAGGUUCCUGACCUGGACCGAAUUAUCCCUGUGCUGCUGGAGCACGGCCUGGAACGUCUCCCGGAGCACUGCAAGCUGAGCCCAGGGAUUCCUCUGAAACCAAUGUUGGCCCAUCCCACGCGAGGUGUCAGCGAGGUCCUGAAGCGCUUUGAAGAGGCAGCUUUCACCUGCGAAUACAAAUAUGACGGGCAGAGAGCACAGAUCCACGCCCUGGAAGGCGGGGAGGUGAAGAUCUUCAGCAGGAAUCAGGAAGACAACACUGGGAAGUACCCGGACAUCAUCAGCCGCAUCCCCAAGAUUAAACUCCCAUCGGUCACAUCCUUCAUCCUGGACACCGAAGCUGUGGCUUGGGACCGGGAAAAGAAGCAGAUCCAGCCAUUCCAAGUGCUCACCACCCGCAAACGCAAGGAGGUGGAUGCGUCCGAGAUCCAGGUGCAGGUGUGUUUGUACGCCUUCGACCUCAUCUACCUCAAUGGAGAGUCCCUGGUACGUGAGCCCCUUUCCCGGCGCCGGCAGCUGCUCCGGGAGAACUUUGUGGAGACGGAGGGCGAGUUUGUCUUCGCUACCUCCCUGGACACCAAGGAUGUCGAGCAGAUCGCCGAGUUCCUGGAGCAGUCGGUGAAAGACUCUUGCGAGGGGCUGAUGGUAAAGACCCUGGAUGUUGAUGCCACCUACGAGAUCGCCAAGAGAUCACACAACUGGCUCAAGCUGAAGAAGGACUACCUUGAUGGCGUGGGUGACACCCUGGACCUGGUGGUGAUCGGCGCCUACCUGGGCCGGGGGAAGCGGGCCGGCCGGUACGGGGGCUUCCUGCUGGCCUCCUAUGACGAGGACAGUGAGGAGCUGCAGGCCAUAUGCAAGCUUGGAACUGGCUUCAGCGACGAGGAGCUGGAGGAGCAUCACCAGAGCCUCAAGGCCCUGGUGCUGCCCAGCCCACGCCCUUACGUGCGGAUAGAUGGCGCUGUGACUCCCGACCACUGGCUGGACCCCAGCGCUGUGUGGGAGGUGAAGUGCGCUGACCUCUCCCUCUCCCCCAUCUACCCUGCUGCACGGGGCCUGGUGGAUAGUGACAAGGGGAUCUCCCUUCGCUUCCCUCGGUUUAUUCGAGUCCGUGAAGACAAGCAGCCGGAGCAGGCCACCACCAGUGCCCAGGUGGCCUGUUUGUACCGGAAGCAAAGUCAGAUUCAGAACCAGCAAGGCGAGGACUCAGGCUCUGACCCUGAAGAUACCUACUAAGCCCUUGCUCUCCUAGGGCCUGGGUACAGGGCAUGAGUUGGACGGACCCCAGGGUUAUUAUUGCCUUUGCUUUUUAGCAAAUCUGCUGUGGCAGGCUAUGGUUUUUGAGAGUCAGGGGAGGGGUGUGUGUGUGAGGGGGUGGCUUACACCAGAGUCUGGGAUUCAUCCCGUCAUUUCUUUCAAUAAAUAAUUAUUGGAUAGCUA